CUAAGUGGUGAGGUUUGCAACCGCUAAUCCGGUUGUGCACUACUCACCAUGGUUGACACGCGUAGUGGGAAAAGCACUAGCCCCUACACGCAAGAGCAACAAGAGAAGAUGGUCGCCUUAGUAAGAGAGAAUAAAGAGAGAAAAGAGCUCCUGAAGCAGGCGAUACUAAAAGCGAUCGCAGAGGAGCACGCGGCGAAGAUGAAGAAACUGGAGGAGAUGGAGGAGAAGAAGAAGGCUGCCGAGGUAGAAGCAGCAACAGAAGCAGAAGAGGAGAGAAAACGCACGGAAGAAAAAGGGGAGAGUAGUGGCACGACGAAGGAGGACGCGGCGAUGGAGAAGAAGAUUAGUGACGCGCUAGCAACAAUCGAGGACCCCUUGGAACGGCAAGAAGCAGAGGAGGAGAAGAAGUUGGAGUGGAAAUUGAGGAUGAAGAGGGAAAAGAAGAGGAGGGAGGAAGUUAAUAGGUUGACCGAGGAGGUGGCAAAGGUGAGAGAUUGUAGACAAGAGGUACAGGCGCAGGCAGAUAUUUCUGCCAAAAUGGAUAAGAUGCUGGGGUACUUGGAAGUGUUGAGUGCGGCCUGGAUGGAGGAGCGCCAAGCCAACUGGGGUCACGAUGUGGCCCUGAGUGCCAUGCGGUCAGGGUUUCAAGACUUUGCGCACGAUAUGGUCACCCACGUUGGAGGCGAAGUCAGGCGAUUGAAAGACGACGUGGGGAAGUUUUGUGAGGGCGCCAUCGAGGUUGCCAAAGCAGUAGCCGCUGUCGAGAGUGAGGCCAGGCCUCGUAAAGAACACAAUAAGCUUAAAUUCCCAGAUGCAUACGACGGGAAGGAGGAGAAUUGUGAUAACUGGGAGGCCAGCGUACAUAGUUAUGUGUACUUACAGAACAUCUUGGCUGAGGAGCAAGUCCUCGUUGCUUUCCAGGCCCUCAAAGAUGAAGCGGUCAAUUUUGCCAGGUCCCUUGCGCGCGCAGCCGGUUGUGAAAACAACCUGGUUGCAUACUCUAAGGUUACCCCCCUUCCUCAAUUCUUCAAACCCCUGAGGGAGAGAUUUGUUGACCCCACGAGAGACUUUAGGGCCUCUGACAAGUUACAGACCAUCCACUCACGACAAUGGAGGAGUGCAAGAGCACUCAAGGGGGUCAUGGACGACUUGGUAGUCGUCCCGGAUCAUGGGGUCACUGAGACCCAACUGGUCCAAUUGUUUUAUCGUGCCAUGCCAGAGCCCUUGAAAAGGCAUUUCUUUGACAAAUCUCAGCAGGCCGACAUCACCUAUGAUGUGCUGAGUAGAGAGGUGGUCCUGUUCGAGUCAAAGUCCAUGCCAGUUUCCACUUUCUGGCAUAAGGACUUGGAUAAGGGAAAAAAGUGGAAAGGCCGUACCAUCUCUGGCCAAGUCAGGGCUAAGGAUCACAUGAUCCUUACUUUAGAGGAGGGUCGUACAGAUGAAGUCUCCUACAGUGAGAUUGAGUGGCGGCUAGAGGAGGAGGACAGCAGCGUAGGGCAGGGGAGGUCCUAUGUGGCUGUCGCGGCUAGAGGGAGGCCGCACGGUAGAGGAGGAAGCCAGGGCCAAAGGGGCCAGGCUACGGGAGGCCGAGGAUCGGGCGCCCAAGGGAUUGGCGGACAAGGGAACCGCCAAGUGGGAGGUAGGGGUCAAGGUCCCCCGCUGAAUCGCCAGGGUUCUAGUCGGUCCCCGCAACGACGAGGUGGAAGGCCACCUCAACAGACAGGAGGAUGGCACCCAGGCUUACCACAGGGCAGGCCAUGGGAAGAUUUGGGCUUGGACCAGCGCGACUACGUAGAGGGAGUCCAUGCGUACUUUCGCCUAGAGAAAGAUGGGAAGGUGGAGAAAGUUCUCCAUUCCCUGACUCUCCUCGUACAGGAUGAUCUUCCGUUCGAUAUAGUUUUGGGAAUGGAUUGGGGAGAGGCAGCAGGGGCUACACUCUACUUGAGAGAGCACGAGUGUAGGCUCCCUAGUCCGUCAGGCGAGGUUAAGACUGCCCGCCUGUUUCAUGUGUCAGGUGUAGACAACACUCUGGCACAUUGCUGUCUCAGUGCUCCCGCGUUCGCGCGAUUAGUGAAAAAGGAGCAAUUAGAGGAUCAGGUCUUCGUAGUACAUGUUAGACCUGUUACUGAGGCUAAGCAAGAGGUAACUUCCACAGAUUCAGCCAUUGCCAAGCUGUUGGAAGAAUUCAAGGACUUAUCUGAGCCGCCGACAGGAGUAGUGUCGUGGCCAAUCUAGCACAGGAUAGAGAUAGAGUCUGGCGAUAAAACUCCCAAGGGAGC